GUGAGAGAGCAAAGGGUUCAAUGCUGAAAGAGAGACAAACAGGAGAGAAAGAAAGAGAGUUUUGAGAAAAAGACUGGAGGACCCUCUUGUGGUGGCUACUUAGAUGUACUUUUGACAAGAAAGCUUUGAUCUUUUGUUUCUUCUCUCUCUUCUCUCAGUUGGGUUUUGCUCCAGAAGGGACUUUGUCAUUUAGAAGUCCACAGCAAACUGAGUUUCUGCUCUGAUAAGCAUGGUCUGAAAAGGACUUGCAUGGCGACUCAUCGAAUUGGAGAGACUGGUUUGUAUGAGUCAGGACCUUCAAACCACCACCACCAUCUCUCAUAUGCAGUUCUUCAUAGCCUUAAUCCGACUAAUACAAGCUUCAAUAAUCAAGAAGGAUCUGCUUUUGAUUUUGGAGAGUUGGAGGAGGCUAUUGCGCUGCAAGGAGUUACAACCCACCAUGAUGAAGCUAAACCACCUUUAUACACUGCCAAGCCUGCAGCUACUUUGGAGAUGUUCCCUUCUUGGCCUAUGAGAUUCCAACGCACCUCUGGGAGUUCAAAAUCAGGAGGAGAGAGUACUGAUUCAGGGUCAGCAGCUAACACACUUUCAAGUCAAGUAGAGGCCCAUUUGGAGCCAGAAUCACCCAUAAGUAGAAAGGCAUCUUCAGACCAUCAGGCUCUUGAUCAGAAGCAUUUUCAUCAACCACAAACACCACCAACUACGGCAGCACCAAGGAGAGAUGGCCAGUGA